UCCCUGUCAGGACAGGGACUACUCAAGGAUCAUGAGAACAGCCAGGAUGCUACUUGAAUGGGUGAUACCAUGGCUCACUCUCUACCUUCCACUAUCUGCAGCCAGCACUGUUACAGUUCAGAUGGUGACCAAAAUGCCAGUAAUUACAGAAAUGAGACUCACUCACAACAACCAGCUCUGCAGUACAUGGGGUAACUAUCAUUUCAGGACUUUUGAUAGUGAUUUCUUCCAGCUUCCCUCCACUUGCAACUACCUCCUUGCAUCCCAGUGUAAGGGAAGCUAUGACAGUUUCAAUAUUCAGUUAAAACGGCAGGAGAUGAAUGGGGUCACCACCAUUGAGAAGGUCACCAUGAAACUGGAGGGGGCCAUUGUGGAAUUAGCCAACACUUCCAUCAAAGUCAAUGAUAAACUAGUCACUAUCCCAUUCAGCCAGGUUGGCAUUUCAAUUGAAAGAACCAUCUCCUAUGUCAAAAUCGAGGCAAAGCUGGGUUUGGUCGUCAUGUGGAAUGAAAAAGACGCCCUCUGGGUUGAGCUGGAUGCAAAAUUCAAGAAUCAGACAUGUGGCCUGUGUGGUGACUUCAACGGAAUACAGGUUUAUGAUGAGUUCAUCAAAACAGAAACAGGAAAGUCUGCUACUCUUGAAUAUGGGGAGGCCUGGAAGGUCAAUGGUCCAACUGAAGAGUGUGAAGAAAUCUCCUCACCAGCCACACAGACCUGUGCAAGUGAAGUAAGAGGAAAUGGAUUUGCUGACCCACACAAAAACCUCUGCACGAACCUGCUGUCAGGACCUGCAUUGCUCAGCUGUCAAAACCUGGUUGCUACUGACUCCUUCAUCGGCGCCUGUGUGAAGGACUUGUGCCGCUGUAAAAACAAUACUUCAUGCUUGUGUUCAACCAUUUCGGAGUACUCUCGUCAGUGCGCUCAUGCAGGCGGGAAACCACAGCAAUGGCAAACAGCACAACUGUGUGCAAAAACAUGCCCUUUCAACAUGGAGCAUAAGGAAUGCAGUAGUCCUUGUACUGACACCUGCAGCAACCAAAAGAGAAGCCAUGUGUGCGAGGAUCACUGCGUAGAUGGAUGUUUCUGUCCAAAUGGGACUGUCUUUGACGACAUUACACAAAGUGGGUGUGUUGCUGUUGACUCGUGCUCCUGCUUACACCAUGGCAAGCCGUACAAGCCAGGGGAAUCAUACUCAAGGGCAUGUCGACACUGCACCUGUACCCAGGGUCAGUGGCGUUGCAAAGAUAUGGACUGUCCUGGUGUCUGCUCUGUGCUGGGUGGCUCCCACAUCUCCACCUAUGAUGGUAAAACUUAUACUUUCCAUGGAGACUGCUCUUAUGUUCUCUCCAAGGAAACAAAUGGGACUUUCAGUGUCCUUGGUGACCUGGCCACAUGUAAAAGAUCAGAUAAAUCAACUUGCCUGACUGCAGUCACCCUACUACUGCCUAAAUACAUGAUGAUUGUAGUAGAAGCCAGCGGACAUGUUUCGUAUAACAAACUGACCACUCAGCUGCCUCUGUUCAUGGAUGACAUUAUGAUCUUCAAACCAUCGACAUUCUUUAUUGUAAUCCACACCAACUAUGGGCUUGAUCUCGAGAUUCAGCUUUCACCCAUUAUGCAGAUCUACAUCAAAGCCAGUGUUUCCAAUAAGGGACAACUCACAGGUAUUUGUGGAGAUUUUAAUGAUGUGCAAGCUGAUGACUUCAGAACCACAAAUGGAUUAACUGAGGGAACGGCUGGGACAUUUGUCAACACAUGGAAGACCAGGACAAGCUGCUCCGAUGUGACAAACAUACUAGGGGACCCCUGCCUUUUGAGCAUAGACAAUGAGAAAUAUGCCAAACAUUGGUGCGCCUUGCUGUCGGACCCAAAAGGGAUGUUUGCAUUGUGCCAUUCUGUAAUAAACCCAAAACGCUAUCAAGAUUCUUGUAUUUAUGACACCUGUGCCUGUGAUAACAGUGAGGAGUGCAUGUGUGCUGCCAUAUAUUCCUAUGUCCAUGCAUGUGCUGCUGAAGGUGUCUUAUUUAAUGGAUGGAGAAACACUAUAUGCAAGAAAUACACGACUGGCUGCCCUUCUACUUUUGUGUAUGGCUACCAAAUGACAAGCUGUGGUCGCACCUGCCGCUCUCUUAGUCAGUCAGACUUAACAUGUGCGGUUGAAUUUACCCCGCUUGAUGGCUGCGGCUGUGCUGAAGGAACUUACCUGAAUGAGGAGGGUGAGUGUGUGUCUGCCUCACAAUGCUCCUGCCAUGUGGGAGACACAGUGGUACGCCCCGGGCAGGUCAUCAGCGUCCAUGGACAAACCUGCUCCUGUCAUAGUGGAGAACUAAGAUGUACAGGAAGCCAAAUAAGUGAAUCAUGUACCGAGCCAAUGGUUUUUUUCAACUGCUCAAGCGCAAAGCCAGGUGACAUGGGAUCCGAGUGCCAAAAAAGCUGCCAGACCCUGGACACAGAAUGUGUCAGUAGACAGUGUAUGUCAGGCUGUGUAUGUCCUGCUGGCCUGCUAGCUGAUGGUAAAGGAGGCUGUAUUACAGAGGAGAACUGUCCCUGCACAUAUAAUGGAGAAAACUAUAACUCUGGACAGACUGUCACUGUGGACUGCAAUACCUGCACUUGCAAAAGGAGAAAAUGGGAUUGUACACUUCGUGAGUGUGAUGGAACCUGUACCAUAUAUGGAGAAGGGCAUUACAUCACUUUUGAUGAUAAGAAAUUCUCCUUUAAUGGAGACUGUGGCUAUGUCUUUGCUAAGGAUUACUGCGGGGACGAUAUGAAUGGCACCUUUAGAGUCCUGACUGAGAGCAUCCCAUGUGGAACAACUGAAAGCAUUUGCUCGACUGCUAUCAAACUCUACUUAGGGAACCAUGAAAUUGUUCUUUCAGAGGAAAAUGUCAGAGUUAUCAAACAAAGCAAAGGGGUGGACAUACCAUAUCAAGUCCACACUAUGGGCAUAUAUCUCGUCAUUGAGGCAAAGAAUGGUCUUGUUCUCAUUUGGAAUAAGAAGACAACACUCAUGAUCCAACUCAAGUCCACAUUCAAGGGGAAAGUCUGUGGUCUAUGUGGGAAUUAUGAUGGAAACAUCAAGAACGAUUUUACCACCAGAAACAAAGAAGUUGUGGUUGAAGCCCUUGAGUUUGGAAACAGCUGGAAAGUGUCACCUACCUGCCCUAAUGCAAACACACUAAAAAAUCCCUGCAUGCUGUACUCACACAGGCAGGCAUGGGCAUUAAAACACUGCAGCAUUAUUAACAGCAAAGUAUUUGCUGGUUGCCACUCAAAGGUGGAUCCAAAAAACUAUUAUGAUGCCUGUGUGACAGACACAUGUUCCUGCAACACAGGAGGAGAUUGUGAGUGUUUCUGCUCAGCUGUAGCAGCCUACGCAGCAGCCUGUAAUGAGGCCGGAGCUUGUGUGAAAUGGAGAACUCCCACAAUUUGUCCUCUGUUCUGUGAUUUUUACAACCCUGAUGGAAAGUGUGAAUGGCACUAUGAGCCUUGUGGAAAAAAAUGCAUGAAGACAUGCCGGAAUCCCUCAGGAGUAUGCUACAAUCACAUUCCAGCAUUAGAAGGCUGCUAUCCAAGUUGCCCAUCUGAACGCUCUUAUUUGGAAGAAGAUACCAUGAAGUGUGUGUCACUGGAGGAAUGUGGCUGCUAUGAUAACGAAGGGAAGCAUUAUGAAGAAGGUGUGGUCAUGCCUCCAAGGGAAAAUUGUCAAAAGUGUUAUUGUUCUUCAACAAAGGUUAAGUGCAGCUAUGACGUCCAAGCUUGCACCUGUUUAUAUAAAGGAAAGAUUUACAAGUAUGGAGAUACAGUCUAUGACACAGGUGAUGGAGAUGGAAACUGUAUCAGAGCUGUUUGUGGGGAAAAUGGAAAUAUUACCAGAAUCAUGGAGACUUGUCGAACUACAUCCACCCAGGCACCAACAACAACAACAGUCUUUGUUUUUACCACAGCAGUUUUUACCACAACAGUGACAGAAAAACCUACUACAACAGCUACAGAAAAUCCUACCACAACAACAGCCACACAAACACCUACCACAACAAUCGUCACAGAAGAACCUAACACAACAACAGCCACAGAACGACCUCCCACAACAACCAACAGAGGAGAACCUACCACAACAACAGUCACAGAAAAACCUACCACAACAAGAUUUGUCACAGAAAGACCUACCACAACAAAAGCCACAGAAAAACCUACCACAACAGUCACAGGAGAAUCUACCACAACAGUCACAGAAAAACCUACCACAACAAGAUUUGUCACAGAAAGACCUACCACAACAAAAGCCACAGAAAAACCUACCACAACAGUCACAGGAGAAUCUACCACAACAGUCACAGAAAAACCUAACACAACAACAGUCACAGGAGAACCUACCACAACAACAGCCACAGAAAAACAUACCACAACAAACGUCACAGAAAAACCUAACACAACAACAACCACAAAACAUCCUCCAACAACAACCAUCACAAGUGAACCUACCACGACAACAGCCACAGAAACACCUACGACAACAGCCACAGAAAUACCUACCACAACAAUCGUCACAGAAAAACCUAUCACAACAACAUCCGUCACAGAAAAACCUACCACAACAGCCACAGGAGAACCUACCACAACAACAGCCACAGAACAAACUCCCACAACAACCAUCACAGGAGAACCUACCACAACAGUCACAGAAAACCCUACCACAAAAGCCACAGAACAACCUCCAACAACAUCCGUCACAGAAAAACAUACCACAACAGCCACAGAACAACCUCCAACAACAUCCAUCACAGAAAAACCUACCACAACAACAUUCACAGAAACAUCUAAUCCAAUACCGACUGAUUGCAAUUGUAAGUGGUCAGAUUGGAAAAACAAUCAUUACCCUCAUGUUGAAGAUGAUGGAGACUAUGAAUCCAUUGAAGAAAUUACUGAUAUAGAUCUGAGUUUUUGCAGAAAAACUCUGGAAAUAGAAUGUAGAGCAACACAAUACAAGGAUAUAUCUUUGAACGACCUUGAUCAAAAAGUAACAUGCAACUCAAAAAAUGGACUGAUCUGUCAUAACAAAGACCAAAUACCUCCUAUUUGUUAUGACUCAACCACCUCAGCAACGACAGAAAUAUCUACCAAAACAAAAGUCACAGGAGAACCUACCACAAAAGCCACAGAGAAAUCUACCACAACAGCCACAGAAAAACCUACCACAACAACCCAUGUAGUAGUAACAUAUCCAGAGGUUACAACAUCAAUAUCAACAAGACAACACGAAAAACAUACCACAACAGCCACAGAACAACCUCCCACAACAACAGCCACAGAAAAACCGAGCACAACAACAGUCACUGAAAAACCUACCACAUCUGUCACCGAAAAACAGACCACAACAGCCACAGAAAAACCUCCCACAACAACCAUCACAGGAGAACCUACCACAACAACAGUCACUGAAAAACCUAUGACAACAACGGCCUCUGAAAAACCUACCACAACAACAUCUGUCACAGAAAAAACUACCACAAAAGCCACAGGAGAACCUACCACAACAACAGCUACAGAACCUCCCACAACAACCAUCACAGGAGAACCUACCACAACAGCCACAGGAGAACCUGCCACAACAACAUCUGUCACAGAAAAACAUACCACGACAACAGCCACAGAAAAACCUCCCACAACAACCAUCACAGGAGAACCUACCACAACAAUCAUCACCACAGAAAAACCUGCCACAACAACAUCUGUCACAGAAAAAACUACCACAACAGCCACAGGAGAACCUACUACAACAACACCUACAGAACAACCUCGAACAACAUCUGUCACAGAAAAACCUACCACAACAGCCACAGGAGAACCUACCACAACAACAGCUACAGAACCUCCCACAACAACCAUCACAGGAGAACCUACCACAACAACAGCCACAGAACAAUCUACCACAACAGCCACAGGAGAACUUGCCACAACAACCAUCACAGGAGAACCUACCACAACAAAAGUCACUGAAAAACCUACGACAACAACGGCCACUAAAAAACCUACCACAACAACAUCUGUCACAGAAAAACCUACCACAACAGCCACAGGAGAACCUCGCACAACAACAGCUACAGAACAACCUCCCACAACAACAGCCACAGAACAACCUCCCACAACAACCAUCACAGGAGAACCUACCACAACAACAGCCACAGAAAAACCUACCACAACAACAUCUGUCACAGAAAACCCUACCACAACAACCAUCACAGGAGAACCUACCACAACAAUCAUCACCACAGAAAAACCUGCCACAACAACAUCUGUCACAGAAAAAACUACCACAACAGCCACAGGAGAACCUACCACAACAACAGCCACAGAACAAUCUACCACAACAGCCACAGGAGAACUUGCCACAACAACCAUCACAGGAGAACCUACCACAACAAAAGUCACUGAAAAACCUACGACAACAACGGCCACUAAAAAACCUACCACAACAACAUCUGUCACAGAAAAACCUACCACAACAGCCACAGGAGAACCUCGCACAACAACAGCUACAGAACAACCUCCCACAACAACAGCCACAGAAAAACCUCCCACAACAACCAUCACAGGAGAACCUACCACAACAACAGUCACUGAAAAACCUACCACAACAUCUGUCACAGAAAAAGCUACCACAACAGCCACAGGGGAACCUGCCACAACAACAUCUGUCACAGAAAAACCUACCACAACAACAUCUGUCACAGAAAAAACUACCACAACAGCCACAGGAGAACCUAUCACAACAACAGCUACAGAACAACCUCUCACAACAACAGCCACAGAAAAACCUCCCAUAACAACCAUCACAGGAGAACCUUCCACAACAACAGCCACAGAAAAACCUCCCACAACAACCAUCACAGGACAACCUACCACAACAACGGCCACAGAAAAAACUAUCACAACAGCCACAGGAGAACCUGCCACAACAAUCGUCACAGAAAAACCUAACACAACAACAGCCACACAACAACCUCCCACAACAACAUCCGCCACAGAAAAACCUACCACAACAGCCACAGGACAACCUACCACAACAACAGCCACAGAAAAACCUACCACAACAGCCACAGGAGAAACUGCCACAACAACAUCUGUCACAGAAACACCUACCACAACAACAUCUGUCACAGAAAAAACUACCACAACAGCCACAGGAGAAACUGCCACAACAACAUCUGUCACAGAAACACCUACCACAACAACAUCUGUCACAGAAAAAACUACCACAAUAGCCACAGGAGAACCUACCACAACAACAGCUACAGAACAACCUCUCACAACAACAGCCACAGAAAAACCUCCCACAACAACCAUCACAGGAGAACCUACCACAACAGUCACUGAAAGACCUACCACAACAACAUCUGUCACAGAAAAACCUACCAUAACAGCCAUCACAGGACAACCUACCACAACAACGGCCACAGAAAAACCUACCACAACAGCCACAGGAGAACCUGCCACAACAAUCGUCACAGAAAAACCUAACACAACAACAGCCACACAACAACCUCCCACAACAACAUCCGUCACAGAAAAACCUACCACAACAGCCACAGGAGAACCUACCAAAACAACAGCCACAGAAAAACCUACCACAACAGCCACAGGAGAAACUGCCACAACAACAUCUGUCACAGAAAAACCUACCACAACAACAUCUGUCACAGAAAAAACUACCACAACAGCCACAGGAGAACCUACCACAACAACAGUCACAGAAAAACCUACCACAACAACAGCCACUGAAAAACCUACCACAACAACAUUUGUCACAGAAAAACCUACCACAACAGCCACAGGAGAACAUACCACAACAAUCUUCACAGAGAAACCUAACACAACAACAGCUACAGAACAACCUCCCACAACAACAUCCGUCACAGAAAAACCUACCACAACAGCCACAGGAGAACCUACCACAACAGCAGCCACAGAACAACCUCCCACAACAACCAUCGCAGGAGAAUCUACCACAACAGUCACAGAAAAACCUACCACAACCACAUCCGUCACAGAAAAACCUACUACAACAACAGCCACAGAAAUACCUACCACAACAAUCGUCACAGAAAAACCUAUCACAACAACAUCCGUCACAGAAAAACUUACCACAACAGCCACAGAACAACCUCCCACAACAACCCUCACAGGAGAACCUACCACAACAGUCACAGAAAACCCUACCACAACAGCCACAGAACAACCUCCAACAACAUCCGUCACAGAAAAACAUACCACUACAGCCACAGAACAACCUCCAACAACAUCCAUCAAAGAAAAACCUACCACAACAACAUUCACAGAAACAUCUAAUCCAAUACCGACUGAUUGCAAUUGUAAGUGGUCAGAUUGGAAAAACAAUCAUUACCCUCAUGUUGAAGAUGAUGGAGACUAUGAAUCCAUUGAAGAAAUUACUGAUAUAGAUCUGAGUUUUUGCAGAAAAACUCUGGAAAUAGAAUGUAGAGCAACACAAUACAAGGAUAUAUCUUUGAACGACCUUGAUCAAAAAGUAACAUGCAACUCAAAAAAUGGACUGAUCUGUCAUAACAAAGACCAAAUACCUCCUAUUUGUUAUGACUAUGAAAUACGAGUGAAAUGUUGCAUGUGUAGCUCAACCACCUCAGCAACGACAGAAAUAUCUACCAAAACAAAAGUCACAGGAGAACCUACCACAAAAGCCACAGAGAAAUCUACCACAACAGCCACAGAAAAACCUACCACAACAACCCAUGUAGUAGUAACAUAUCCAGAGGUUACAACAUCAAUAUCAACAAGACAACACGAAAAACAUACCACAACAGCCACAGAACAACCUCCCACAACAACAGCCACAGAAAAACCGAGCACAACAACAGUCACUGAAAAACCUACCACAUCUGUCACCGAAAAACAGACCACAACAGCCACAGAAAAACCUCCCACAACAACAGCCACAGAAAAACUGAGCACAACAGUCACUGAAAAAUCUACCACAACAACAUCUGUCACAGAAACACCUACCACAACAGCCACAGGAGAACCUACUACAACAACAGCCACAGAACAACCUCCCACAACAACCAUCACAGGAGAACCUACCACAACAACAGCAACAGAAAAACCUACCACAACAACAUCCGUCAUAGAAAAACAUACCACGACAACAGCCACAGAAAUACCUACCACAACAAUCGUCACAGAAAAACCUAUCACAACAACAUCCGUCACAGAAAAACCUACCACAACAGCCACAGGAGAACAUACCACAACAACAUCCACAGAACAACCUCCCACAACAACCAUCACAGGACAACCUACCACAACAACGGCCACAGAAAAACCUACCACAACAGCCACAGGAGAACCUGCCACAACAAUCGCUACAGAAAAACCUAACACAACAACAACAGCCACACAACAACCUCCCACAACAACAUCCGUCACAGAAAAACCCACCACAACAGCCACAGGAGAACCUACCACAACAACAGCCACAGAAAAACCUACCACAACAGCCACAGGAGAAACUGCCACAACAACAUCUGUCACAGAAAAACCUACCACAACAACAUCUGUCACAGAAAAAACUACCACAACAGCCACAGGAGAACCUACCACAACAACAGCUACAGAACAACCUCUCACAACAACAGCCACAGAAAAACCUCCCACAACAACCAUCACAGGAGAACCUACCACAACAGUCACUGAAAGACCUACCACAACAACUGUCACAGAAAAACCUCCCACAACAACCAUCACAGGAGAACCUACCACAACAACAGCCACAGAAAAACCUCCCACAACAACCAUCACAGGAGAACCUACCACAACAACAGCAACAGAAAAACCUACCACAACAACAUCCGUCAUAGAAAAACAUACCACGACAACAGCCACAGAAAUACCUACCACAACAAUCGUCACAGAAAAACCUAUCACAACAACAUCCGUCACAGAAAAACCUACCACAACAGCCACAGGAGAACAUACCACAACAACAUCCACAGAACAACCUCCCACAACAACCAUCACAGGACAACCUACUACAACAACGGCCACAGAAAAACCUACCACAACAGCCACAGGAGAACCUGCCACAACAAUCGUCACAGAAAAACCUAACACAACAACAGCCACACAACAACCUCCCACAACAACAUCCGUCACAGAAAAACCUACCACAACAGCCACAGGAGAACCUACCACAACAACAGCCACAGAAAAACCUACCACAACAGCCACAGGAGAAACUGCCACAACAACAUCUGUCACAGAAAAACCUACCACAACAACAUCUGUCACAGAAAAAACUACCACAACAGCCACAGGAGAACCUACCACAACAACAGCUACAGAACAACCUCUCACAACAACAGCCACAGAAAAACCUCCCACAACAACCAUCACAGGAGAACCUACCACAACAGUCACUGAAAGACCUACCACAACAACAACUGUCACAGAAAAACCUCCCACAACAACCAUCACAGGAGAACCUACCACAACAACAGCCACAGAAAAACCUCCCACAACAACCAUCACAGGAGAACCUACCACAACAAUGGCCACAGAAAAACCUACCACAACAGCCACAGGAGAACCUGCCACAACAAUCGUCACAGAAAAACCUAACACAACAACAGCCACAGAACAACCUCCCACAACAACAUCCGUCACAGAAAAACCUACCACAACAGCCACAGGAGAACCUCCCACAACAACCAUUACAGGAGAACCUACCACAACAACAGCCACAGAAAUACCUACCACAACAAUCGUCACAGAAAAACCUCCCACAACAACAUCCGUCACAGAAAAACCUCCCACAACAACCAUCACAGGAGAACCUACCACAACAACAGCCACAGAAAUACCUACCACAACAAUUGUCACAGAAAAACCUAACACAACAGCCACUGAAAAACCUACCACAACAACAUCCGUCACAGAAAAACCUCCCACAACAGCCACAGAACAACCUCCCACAACAACCAUCACAGGAGAACCUACAACAACAGUCAGAGAAAAACCUACCACAACAGCCACAGGAGAACCUACCACAACAAUCGUCACAGGAGAACCUACCACAACAUCUGUCACAGAAAAACAUACCACAGAAAAACCCACGAUAACCACUGAAACUCCAACUGUAACACCUUCAACUCCUCAGUCUUCAACACCAGGCAGAACAACCUCAUGUUUCUGCAAGUACAUGGAUCAACUUUUUUCUCCUGGUAGAUUCAUGUACAAUAAGACUGAUGGAGAAGGCUGGUGUUUCACUGCAUAUUGCAAUUUGACAUGCAAUGUGGAGAAGCUUGCAAGACCAUGUCACUCUACUACUCCACCAACUCCUCAAACCACCACCUUAACAAAACAACCCUGUUUAUAUCUUAAUCCACCUAGAAAGCAUGGUGAGUCAUGGAGUUUAAAUAACUGCAGCAGAGAUACAUGCGACAAUGGAAGGGUAAUGACAGAACAUGUGCUAUGUAAACCAGUGACCGAGACUGUAUGUGAAAAUGGGCUCCAACCAGUCAGGGUUUAUGAUGAAGGAGGCUGCUGUUUCCACUAUGAAUGCACUUGUGUUUGUUAUGGCUGGGGAGAUCCUCAUUAUGUGACAUUUGAUGGCCAGUAUUACAGCAUGCAGAAAAACUGCACAUAUUUCCUCGUGAAAGAGAUCAUUCCUCAAUACAAUUUUAAGAUUCUUAUCAACAACGAAAACUGUGAUGCCUCUGGAACUGUGACCUGUGCUAAAUCCUUGAUUGUGUAUUACAAAAACUAUGAAGUUAUUCUUACACAGGACAGAAUCCCAAAGACCUUGAACAAGGUAUAUGUCAACGGCAAGCAGGUAGUCCCAACCUACCUUAACGAUGACUUCAUCAUAACAAGUACAGCAAUUGAGCUGCUCUUGAGAAUCCCGGCAAUUAAUGCAGUUGUGAUGUUUAAAGGGCUAUUGUUCAGCGUUGACUUGCCGUUUGCCCUUUUCCACAACAACACAGAGGGACAGUGUGGUACCUGUGACAAUAACAGGAAAAAUGACUGCAGAUUACCAAAUGGACAGAUUAAUCCUACAUGCUCAGAGAUGGGAAAUUGGUCUGUACCAGAUAAGAACAAGCCAUAUUGUGAUAAGCCUCCAAAACCAAUCCCAACACCAAAACCUACACCAAUACCAUGCAAACCUGACAUUUGUGAAAUUCUGAUCAGCAAGGUGUUUGAGCAAUGCCACAAAGUACUCUCACCACUACCAUUUUAUGAGGCCUGUAAAUUUGAUGUUUGCCACGAGGACAAACCCAACUUCGGUUGUUUCAGUAUGGAGGCGUACUCCAAGAUGUGUGCUGAAGCAUCUGUCUGCAUACCCUGGAGGAAUGCUACAAACGGACUGUGUGAAUAUACAUGUCCAAAAAACAAGAUCUACAAGGCUUGUGGACCAACUGUUGUACAAACUUGCAAUGCAAGAUACAAUGAAGAGUAUGCACGAAAAUGCCAGGGAAAAAAUGGAAACCAGAACCAAGCUUGUACUGGCUUCAUGGAGGGAUGUUUCUGCCCAGAGGGGCUGACUCUGUUCAGUUCAAAUUCUGACCUUUGUGUCUCCGUCUGUUGCACUGGACCUGAUGGCCAACCUAAACAGCUUGGUGAGACUUGGCAGAGUGGCUGUAAGCAGUGUGCUUGUGAUAAGAACGCGCUGAGUGUUCGGUGUGAGCCUCUCAUAUGUCCCACUCAAGAACCAAUAACCUGUACUGAGGAAGGAGAGGUGUUGGUGGCCCACACAGUGGACUGCUGUGAGAGACUGACCUGUGAAUGCAAAAUGAGCCGCUGUUCAUUGACGACACAGAAGUGCCAACUGGGAUUUGAAUUAAAAAUCAACAUGUCAAAUGACACUUGCUGUCCAUCUUACCGCUGUGUACCUAAAGGCGUCUGUGUCUUCAAUAAUACUGAGUACCAGCCCGGUAUGGAUUUCUCCAAAAACCCAUGUGAAUCAUGCCGCUGUACUGAAAGUCAGGAUCCUAACAGCAAGUUGAACACUAUUACAUGUCAUGUGAAGCCGUGUUCCACACUGUGUUCAGAGGGCUAUGUGUAUGAAAACACACCUGGACAAUGUUGUGGAUCAUGUAAAAAAACAAGCUGUGUUAUGGAGGUCCCAGGCUUCACUUCUCCGAUAAUUAUUAAGCCUUCUGAGUCUUGGUCACCACCAAAUGACAACUGUACCAAGUAUGAUUGCCAAAAGGUGAAGAAUGAGUUCAUAACCUCUAAAAAACAAACAACAUGUCCUGCAUUUGAUCCAGAGAACUGCGUUCCUGGAACUGAACAAAGUGACAUCAACGGUUGUUGCAAAACUUGUACUCCUCUUACGAACUGUCAAAUGACCAGGAACACCACCUAUCUGCAGACAAAGAACUGCAAGUCAGUUGUGCCAGUGGAAAUCACAGCCUGUGCAGGAUCCUGUGGCACGUCCUCAUCAAUGUACUCUGCAGAAAACAACCGUUUGAUGCAUUCGUGCUCAUGCUGUCAAGAAAUGACCACCAGUGAGAAGAAUGUGAAGAUGACCUGCGCUGAUGGCAGCACGAUGCAGCACUCCUACAUUUCAGUUGACAAGUGUGGUUGCCAAGUCGCUGAAUGUAAAGACAACAUUUAAAACUAAAGUUAAUUAAAGGGAAAUCUAACUAAUAUACUUUAUUAAACUUAAACAACUCCUCUCCAAAAACUAUUAGAGUCAAGACUCAAUAUGUGAAGACACACACACUCCUUAUGAUUCAGCAUCGCCAAAUAAGGGUGAAUAAGUUAAACCUUUUAAACAGCAGAGAUGUGGUGUCCUGGUGUCUCUUUUAGCUUUUGAAGAGGUUGAUCUUUUUGAAAACUAAACAAUGUGGUGUUUUUAGUCUUAGAGGGUCUUUUUCUUACUUUUACUGUAAAUGACUUGAGAGAUAAAAGACACAUGAAUGGCUUUAGAUAUUACAGUACAUUGUCAUUGUCUUUUGGGGAAUGGGAUUAUAUUUGUGGUAAAGUGUGAAAGAUUUAAAACAUGGAUUGAUUUUAAAUGGUUUUUCAUUAUUUCUAACAGCACCAUCAACAUAAAUGAUCUUACAACCCAUUGAAUAUAUAAUGAAAAGAGUGUAAAGAAUGUCCAAACUAUCUUUGUCCAUCAUCUGAUGUUUUAAAUCUGAAUGUCUUCAGUGUCAUUAAAACUCUCAUUCUUGCUGAA